UGCUCGAUAGGAUCCAUUUUAUAGAAGCACAACGACCAAGGCCGUCCGCUCCGUAUGUAACGACGGAAAUUCUUUAAGAAACAAAACAGAUGGACAAAGACAAAAAAAGAGAAAAUAAAAAUGGAUUAAGUUAAAAAAUAAAAAUUGUAGUAGACACCAGGACGCAUUCAAUAUAAUUCUCUCUCCCCUGUGAACCUAGGAUCAAUCAUCAAACCAUAAACAAUGGAGCUUAAGCCAGGUCUAUCAGCUUUGGUCACUGGCGGUGCCUCUGGAAUCGGUAAAGCUCUUUGUAUGGCUCUUGCUGAGAAGGGAAUAUUUGUUACGAUUGUCGAUUUCUCCGAAAAGAAUGGAAUGGAAGUUAAAUCCCUUGUUGAAGAAGAGAAUGCCAAGUUCCAUCCAGUCUUGAAAUUCCCAUCUGCUAUGUUUAUAAGAUGUGAUGUAACUGAUACAAGAGAACUAACUGGUGCUUUUAAAAAGCAUUUGGCCACUUAUGGAGGGCUGGACAUUUGUAUAAACAAUGCCGGCAUUGGAAAUCCUGUGCCAUUCUAUAAGGAUCAAACUGAUGGUUCUGAUUCAUGGAGACACACUAUCAAUGUGAACCUCAUGGCAAUUAUUGACUGCACUCGCCUUGCGAUUCAAACCAUGCAAGUUGCACAAAAGCCUGGUGUAAUCAUAAGCAUGGGGUCUGCUUCAGGACUCUAUCCAAUGUAUGCUGAUCCUAUCUACUCUGCCUCCAAAGGGGGAGUUGUUCUAUUUACCAGGUCACUUGUUUCUUACAAGCGUCAAGGGAUUCGUAUCAAUGUGCUUUGUCCUGAGUUUGUUCAAACUGAUUUGGCCUCGAAAGUGGGUUCUAAAUUUAUUAAUCUGAUGGGGGGCUAUGUGCCCAUGGAAAUGGUGGUGAAAGGGGCUUUUCAGCUUAUCAGUGAUGAGAGUAAAGCUGGAUCAUGUUUAUGGAUCACUAAGCGAAGGGGAAUGGAGUAUUGGCCAUCUCCGUUGGAAGAAGCAAAAUAUUUGGUGCAUUCUUCAAAAGCGAGACGAUCUUCGUUCCUAUUUUCAUUAAAUCUCCAAAUUCCUGAGAGCUUUGAAAAGUUAGUUGUUCACACCAUGAGUCAUAAGUUCCGCAGUGCUACCAGCAUAGUGCGCAUGCCAUUGAGAUUACCAAUUAAACCAGAUCAUGUCCUUGUGAAGAUCAUUUACGCUGGUGUUAAUGCUAGUGAUGUAAAUUUUAGUUCGGGACGUUAUUUCAGUGGCAACAACAAAGACCUUGGCUCCCUUCUUCCAUUUGAUGCUGGUUUCGAGGCUGUUGGAAUUAUUGCUUCAGUGGGCGAUUCUGUUGAUAACUUGAAAGUUGGAACUCCUGUUGCACUAAUGACUUUCGGAAGUUAUGCUGAAUUCACGAUGGUUCCCUCAAAGCACAUACUUCCUGUUGCCAGACCAGAUCCUGAAGUUGUUGCCAUGCUUACAUCUGGACUUACUGCAUCAAUUGCCCUAGAAAAGGCAGCACAAAUGGUUUCUGGAGAAGUAGUCCUCGUCACUGCUGCUGCAGGAGGGACUGGACAGUUUGCAGUCCAGCUUGCAAAGAUAGCUGGAAAUAAAGUGGUUGCAACUUGUGGAGGUGGUGAAAAGGCUAAACUUUUGAGAGAUCUGGGAGUUGAUCGAGUCAUAGACUAUAAAGCGGAAGAUAUCAAAACUGUUCUAAAGAAGGAGUUCCCUAAAGGUGUUGAUAUCAUAUAUGAGUCUGUUGGUGGUGAAAUGUUUGAUUUGUGCUUGAAUGCAUUGGCAGUUUAUGGGCGAUUAGUUGUGAUUGGGAUGAUUUCUCAGUAUCAAGGAGAGGAGGGAUGGAAGCCAUUAAAUUAUACUGGGAUAUGUGAGAAGCUUCUAGCAAAAAGCCAAACUGUGGCUGGCUUUUUCUUGGUACAAUAUAGUCAACUAUGGCAACAGCAUCUUGACAGGCUUUUUCAUCUUUUUUCCUUGGGAAAGCUUAAGGUUGCUAUUGACCCAAAAAGGUUUCUCGGCCUUCAUUCUGUUGCAGAUGCAGUUGAGUAUCUCCAUUCUGGCAAAAGUAUUGGCAAGGUAGUUGUUUGCAUUGACCCGACUUUCAGUCAGCAAAUAGCAAAAUUGUGAGAAUAUGCUGUUAAAAAGCUUGUCUCGACGUAGUUUAUAUUUAUGUAUUUUCAACAAAUAAAUACAUGUGCCGGAACGAAGACUCGUGCAGAUUCAGACUUUCCUGUGUUUCUUCCUGAUAGGCUAGUCAGAAACUCACCUCGAGAAACCAGAAGUUGAAGCACAUAUCAAUAAGCUGGCUAUAAAGAUAAUGUCCUUUUACAGCUAUUCUAAGAAUUGUGUGUGACAAGAAUAAUUUCUAUGUACUUCAUGCUAUACAGAUAGCUGGCGCUGUGUUGUAUUUUUUGAACUGCACUAAAUUCAUACAUUCGUCUCGGUACCAAAAACGGCAAUUCACAGCUUAUAAAAUCAUGUUCUAUAGGAGGUUAAAUUUUGAUGCAUAUACAUAGAGAAAAUAACUGCUGAUGGCCUUUGAGAUAAUUUUGCUGGAAUCUCUCUAAUGCCUCAGAGACAUGUCUUAUCUAUGUUUUAAUCAGCAAGACGAGGAGUCGCGCCAAAGUCUUCUAGCCUAGUUUGUACUUGUAGUAACCAUCAAGUCAGAUGCAAGUGAAGUGUGUUAAUAUUGUUGGGAUUAUAUGCCCUAUAAGUUAAAUUAUCUCUUAUUUAUUCUGGCAUUUAUUAAA